AUGGCGAAAUCCAGCGGAAUAUCCAAGGAUGAUCUGGAGAUCGUGUGCCAGGAGAAGGGUGUGGAUAUCCCUUUCAACGCGUCCAGAAGCGUCAUGAAGGCGGCGCUCAUGAGCAUGGUGGAGGCUUAUCGGGCAGAGGUGGAAAGCACUAACAGCGUCAGCAUCGAAGAGGACGGCCCAACAGUGGACCUUCGUAAGGAACCGAGGAUGGACAAGCACAGGAGUCACAGGACAGAGAGGAUAAUAAAUAUCACCCUGGAGAUCAUCUACCUGCUGACUGGGGAGGGUGAAGCCCAAUUAAAUAAUAUUAAAGUCAAAGAUACAGAGGGAGAAGAAGAGACGUGUGUGACUGAUAUAAAGGCAGAAGAUAUAGAGGGAGAAGAAGAGACGUGUGUGACUGAUAUAAAGGCAGAAGAUAUAGAGGGAGAAGAAGAGACGUAUGUGACUGAUAUAAAGGCAGAAGAUAUAGAGGGAGAAGAAGAGACGUAUGUGACUGAUAUAAAGGCAGAAGAUACAGAGGGAGAAGAAGAGACGUAUGUGACUGAUAUAAAGGCAGAAGAUACAGAGGGAGAAGAAGAGACGUAUGUGACUGAUAUAAAGGCAGAAGAUAUAGAGGGAGAAGAAGAGACGUAUGUGACUGAUAUGAAGGCAGAAGAUAUAGAGGGAGAAGAAGAGACGUAUGUGAGGGGUGAUCAGCAGUGUAAGGAGAAGGAGAUCCCUACAGAUAUCAGCACAGAUGGACACACAAGCAGGAACAUCUCAGAAGGACAUCUAAUGUUAUCCCCGGAUUGUGACAUAAAAGAUAAUGACAGUAGACAGGAUUCUCCGGGAGAUAACCCCAUUACCCCAAUUAUACAUCCAACUAUAUCAGCUGAUCCCUCUGAUCCUGGGAAAUGUUCUCCUGAUCACUCUGAUAUUGGUGCAUCUGUUACAGCUCUGAGAGUAGAUACAGUGUUUCCCUGUUCUGUAGAUGCCAAAUGUUUUACACAGAACACAAAGCUUAUUAACCAACAGACAGGUAAGGCAGGUGAGAGGCCACUGAUAUGCUCUGAGUGUGGGAAAUGUUUUACGCACAAAUCACAUCUUGUUAUACAUCAGAAACGUCACACAGGCGAGAAGCCAAUUUCUUGUUCUGAGUGUGGGAAAUGUUUUGCGCAGAAAUCACAUCUUGUUAUACACCAGAGAAGUCACACAGGUGAGAAGCCAUUUUUCUGCUCUGAGUGUGGGAAAUGUUUUGCACGGAAAUCAGAUCUUGUUAGACAUCAGAGAAGUCAUACAGGUGAGAAUCCAUUUUCUUGCUCUGAGUGUGGGAAAUGUUUUGCACUCAAAUCAGAUCUUGUUAGACAUCAGAGAAGUCACACAGGUGAGAAGCCAUUUUCUUGCUCUGAGUGUGGGAAAUGUUUUGCACGGAAAUCAGAUCUUGUUAUACAUCAGAGAAGUCACACAGGUGAGAAUCCAUUUCCAUGUUCUGAGUGUGGGAAAUGUUUUGCAAUCAAAUCAGAUCUUGUUAGACAUCAGAGAAGUCACACAGGUGAGAAGCCAUUUUCUUGCUCUGAGUGUGGGAAAUUUUUUGCACAGAAAUCAAAUCUUAUUAAUCAUGAGAGAAGUCACACAGGUGAGAGGCCAUUUUCUUGCACUGAGUGUGGGAAAUGUUUUGCACGGAAAUCAGUUCUUUUAAGACAUCAGCAAACUCACACAGGUGAGAAGCCAUUUUCUUGCACUGAGUGUGGGAAAUGUUUUGCACAGAAAUCACAUCUUAUUCAUCAUGAGAGAAGUCACACAGGUGAGAAGCCAUUUUCUUGCUCUGAGAAAUAAAUCAUCUCAUGUUGCACACAAUAGACAUCACUCAUAAUAAACUUACCUGACCCUUGCCUGGAAACGUCCAUGUAUGAAGGUAUGGGAGAUACCUGCUGCAGUCCCUUCUACUUACAUUUGGGAGGUACGGUUGUUUUGUGGGAAGUACAGCAAAUAGUAAAUGAUACAUUGGCUCCAUAACGUCUCGCUGACCCUCUGAUUUUUACAAAGGCAUGUUACACAAAAUGACAUUUGCAUUAACAACCAUUAAUUAAACAAAAACACAACGCAAUUUUUCCCCAAAAAACUUUAUCUAUAAAAAAAAUAUAUUAAAAAAUUGCCAAUUCUGGUCUUCCUUCAUUGACUCUAUCAGGAGAACAAGAGCCUUUUUUGCAAGGACUGUGCCAACAGUAGCCAGUAGAGGAAUCAGGCGUAUCCCACAGAAUAUCUUUGCUACCACCAUACAUUGGGGAGAGAAGAUAAAGUGCAGAUUUCUGAACAUUGCUUUUAGAAAGAACUUAAGAAGUGCAUAGAUCACAAUGAUCACAAGUCCGGGACAAUGAGGUCAAGAAACCAACGCUGGGGUACUAAUCACCUCAAUACAGGACACUUGGAGCAAGAGACUAGGGUAAGGGCAACAACAAUUUUUGAAACAACUAAAAAACCAGUUUGAAAAAAAUCUAAUAAUUUAAAAAAUGAGUAUCGUCCAGUACAGAGGACUGUGUACUCAGCAUGUCUAAGUACGUACCACUGGACGACGCGCUGGAGUGGGAGGAGGGGGUGGGCUGUGUGGGUCCUGGCUGAAAACAGCUCGAUUGUUGAGGGUUUCCUGGUGCAUACUGCAUGGGUUGGUGAUGUGGGUAGGUGGGUGGGGUCACAUUUGGGGGACAGCAUCUGGCAGGUGGUGUUAUCUCACAUGCCUUGACAAGACACUCAUCAUUUGCAUGUCAGAUAGCAUCAAGUACCAGAUGCUUGUAGAUCUUCUUUUGACCCUCAUUCAUCAGUCGCAUCUCCGCCGCGAUGUAAUUGCCAAGUUUGCUCCAGUCCAGGGCCCUAUUAAGAACCUCCUCAACGUGAGUAAACAACUGUUGUGAUCUGGGCGGGGCAGAAGUUGGUUUCCAGAUGAACUCCGCUGUUUCAGGGGUCGUGGCUGUGGGGUUGGGUUGUCCACUUCAGUUGCCUCACUCAUGGUAGACUCCACUUCCAACUCCGGUGUAAUAUCCUGCAAUAUAAAACAAAACUGAACUCCAUGUAAAAAUGUGUGUGUACAAUACAAUACAAAUGUGUGUGUAUUUACCAGAUCCAGACUCUCCGAUGUCUCCUCUUCCACAAGAGUGGGAGAAUCCGGAUCCAGAUUACACUGUGACCUUAUCCUUGGCUCUUGCUCCAAAGUGAUUUUCAUGAGGUCAUAAAACCACAGCGUUGGCUUGUAAACCUCAUCCGUCCCGUCUCCUGAACGUUGUGAAUACAUGUACUUCUUGUGCUCCUAUAAAAACACUGUUAGCUGUUCCUGUCUCUAUUGUAUCUGAUCAGCUGGUCAUAUGCCCGAUUCCUCUGUGUCCUGUUGGCAUAGUCCACGCUUAUCACACGGCACAGGAACUCGUUCUCGUGAUACAAUUCAAUGAAUUCAGACCAGAAUUUGUGAUUUUCCUCUGCUGACACAUCUGUGGGAAAAAUAUUAUACACAAUUUAUCUACAAAGUACAAGUGUAAUGUACACACCUAUGUCAUACAACCUGUAUAGUAACGCACAAAUAGCAACUUCAUUUAUGAGCACCCAGCUGAAAAUAGAAACCCAUCUCCAGCACCGUUACACAUUAUUACACACUGUUAUGCCCAUUACAUCUAAUGCUACACACCGUAAUGCUCAUUACACAUUAUUACACACCGUAAUGCCCAUUACACCUAAUGCUACACACUGUUAUGCCCAUUACACAUUAUUACACACCGUAAUGCCCAUUACACCUAAUGCUACACACCGUUAUGCCCAUUACACAUUAUUAUACAUCCGUUACACAUUAUUACACAGUGUAAUGCCCAUUACACAUUAUUAUACAUCCGUUACACAUUAUUACACAGCGUAAUGCCCAUUGCACAUUAUUACACAGUGUAAUGCCCAUUGCACAGUAUUACACAUCCGUAAUACCAUUAACAUAUUAUGCUGCAAACCGUUAUGCCCAUUACACAUUAUUACACACCUAUGCCCAUUAUACAUUAUUAUUAUUGCGCUACUUGUAAUCGGUCUACCUCAUUCAGUGGGAUAACAGCAGAUGUCAUUUUUUUUUUUACAUUUUUUUUUUUUUCAAUUUACAUGAACAAAAUAAGACAUAAAAGACAAAGUCAUAUUAGAAAAAUUUAGCACGACCGACACAUGAUUUACAUCUAGCAUAGAAAUUUCCAAAAUAAAGGGAAAACAUCUUUUCCAGAAGUGUGUUGUAUAUAGCAAUAAGCUCUCAUUAGGGGUUAAACUAAAUAGGCAUAGUGAUACUGUAUUUUUCAGCCGGCAGUACGCCUUUGACGUAUUUAUCGUACAGAUUCUGUAUAACAGUAAAAAUAUAUAGACAAACUAACAAAGAACAUAAGAAGGAAAGAAAGAAAGAAUAGAGAGGGGGGAUUUGAGGGGGUUGGAUGAGGGGUAGUUUGGGGUUUGUCUCCUAAAUCUGCCAGGAUCCAUCGAUAUAUCGUAACUGACUUAACUUCAAACUAUUCAGCAAUUGUAUUGAUUCAGUAAAUACUUAAAGGGGGAGCAGCUAUCCACCUAAACAUCUCAGAAAUACUUGUGACCUAUAGCUAAGGUUAUCUAGACGUAUCUAGGGAGACAUAGAUGUGGGCUUGCAUCUCCAUUGUUUCAGCAAAUACUUAAAGGGGGAGCAGCUAUCCACCUGAAACAUCUCAGAAAUACUUGUGACCUAUAGCUAAGGUUAUCUAGACGUAUCUAGGGAGACAUAGAUGUAGGCUUGCAUCUCUAUUGAUUUUGAUGAAAUGAAAACUCCCCACUUCCGGAGAAAGUUCAAAUCUUUCUCCGGGUUGUCUUGAGUCGUCUCAUAUCGAUCAUAAUACAUAUACCUCAUAAGGAGAUCAUCUACCUCUCUCAGUGAUGGAGUGUGACUAGAGAUCCAAGAAUUCAUAAUCACUUUUUUUGCCACUGUCACAAGGUUCAUCAGAAAAGGAAUCGAGAGUUAGACACCCCCAAUUUCCAAUUGUCAAAUGAUCGAAAAGUAGGGGACUAGGGUCCAAAUUUACAUGUAGUGCUAGAGUGGAGUUUAUAUAAGAAACUACUUUAUACCAAAACUUUUUAAUUUUUCUGCAGUUCCAUAUAUUAUGAAAUAUUGUCGCUGAGGGAGCACCACACUUUGGACAUCGUCCAGAUACGUCCUCCAUGUAGUGCUUUCUCUGACCUUGGGCCACAUAUGCUCUAAAAAGCAUUUUGACAUGAACCUCCUGUAAGACGGAGGCUCUUAGUGUCCUAAGGGUUCUGUCAUAAUAUUUAAAUAAGGUAUUGUCCUUUAAUAAAGAUGGUAUAUCCUUAAACCAGGGCUUCCGAAAAUGAUCAAUUCAUUUGGGUGUGUUGGUUUUCAUUAGUAUCCCAUACAGUAUUCUGGUUUUAUACUUUUUUUCUGAAAACCUAGAGAGGACAUGGUUUAAAGGGUCUAAAGUCAAUUCUGUCACAGAGCUAGAGGGUAUAGACAUGGUGAAUUGUGUGACUUGCAUCAGGGAAAAUAGGCUACUACUAUGAAGAUUAAAUUCACAUUGUAAAACCCUAUAAGAUUUUAUAUUACCUCCAGGGUCAAACACUUGCGAUACGUCUCGAAGCUCCUUCGAGCUCAGUCUCAAACAGGCCAAGUUCUCCAUUCCUGGUGUAAAGGAGGGGUUACCCCAAAUGGGUAUCCACUCCCUUCUGGUCGUAUUUCUAUGCAAUGUGACGUUCACUGCGCCCCAUGCUUCAUCUAUAGCAGGUUAGUACUAAUAUGUUUAGGAAGAAGACGUCUCUGGGUAAGUAGAAGAGCUCCCGGAGAGUAUGGAUAAAAGUAACCUCGUUCUAGUUCAUAAUCCGUGAACAAGCUACCCUCUGUCAGCCAAUCUAGUGCGAAUCUAACUAAAAGUGCUCUGGAGUAAUGCGGAAGAUCCAGUAAGCCCAAUCCUCCAUUUGAUUUUGGGCAUCUCAUUUUCCAUGAGGCAAUUCUAGGUUUCUUAGAUUUCCAAAUACAUUUGGAGCAAAUCUUAUCAAUAUGUUUAAUGUCUUUCUUAGUCAAUUUAAGUGGCAGCAUUUGCAUUGGGUACAUCAGUUUGGGUAGGAGAAUAGACUUGACCACCUCCAACCUGCCUAACAAUGAAAAGGUAAAUCGUGCCACUGUUCCAAAGAUUUUUCCAUUUUUGAAAUGACGGAGCUAAAAGUCAAAGUAUAUAUCACAGCUAAAUUGUUAGAUAUGAGGAUACAUAUGGAGAAAGAGAGAGAGGCUGUAUUGUCGAUGCACAAAGAAGGGAGUAACCUGGUUGUCACACCCGUCUGAAAAAUUCCUAAAAUAUAACUUUUAUUCAUAUAAGGUUUAAAAUAGUGUGACAAUAACUAACACACAAACUAUGAGUGUAGACGAAACAUAGAGGUUAAAAUCAAGACAUAUACAACAUAUACCACAAGUGCAAUAAAGAUAAUAAAUGUGAUUAAAGAUUAAAA